AUGAUCGUCGUUCAUAAACGUUGUCCUUCACCAAAAUGUUGCAACGUUUUGGAACAUGUGUCACGAACCAGGGUGAGGUAAAAAAUAAGCACAUUAGAAUCGGAACAUGAAAAACAUCGCAACUCAGGCAAGGCGCUCCGCAGCACUAUCCAGCGGGGCGGAAGUGUCCAUGAGGCAGCAAUGAAGGCGACAAGUACUGAGGCGCUGGGAGGGUUGGCAGACCGUGCUGCGGCAGAAAAUAUGUUAGAAGAAAAGGAGAAUACAGAUAUAUCUGUGGCUCAGAAGGCAGAAGCAGUGGCUGAGAAGGAGCUUUCGCAAAUUCGAGCGGCAGACAAGAGAGCAGAGGAGAGAGAAGAGGAGUUUGCCCAACAGAGGAUCAGCGAGGAGGAAGAUUUGGUGAAGCAUGAGGAGCAGCUCGCCAAAUCCUUAGUGGCCGAGGAGAAAAAGCUAAGUGACACACUUGAGGAAGAACUAUCUGUUUUAGAAGCAGAAGUUGGAGCGACUAAGGCCGAUGAGAAGGAUGCAGAGGCUCAUCUGGAUGCGGUGAUUUCAGAAGCCAACGGUUCAUUGACCUCUGCAGAAGCAGCAGAGCGCGUCGAAAAAGCUGAUGAGCAGGCCGAGAAGGAAAAGGCCAAUAUUAAGAAGCACCAAGCCGAACGGGUUGCAGGAAUAGUGCGCCACCUUGCGAAUGAAGGAACAGAAAAGCUAGACGGGAUUGUAGAGUCAGCAGAGGAAAAUGAAGAACCAGUGGUUACGGACUCUAUUGGAGAAGUUGAAGCCAAAGUCCUUACCAGCUUACGAGAAACAGAAGAGGAGGAACUGCAGCCUGCAGCAAAGGAGCUAGCCACAAACCAAGAAGACGACAGUGUGGGAGGUAUAAAGAAAGUAGGGCAAGAGUUAUUAAGGCGCAUUAGCCCAAGCACAAGUGAAGCACACACGCCAAAUCCAGAGACACAACAGACAGACCCUAAAGAUGCGUUUGAAGAUCUCCAACCGACACAGCUUGCCGUGUAUUCAGCGGAGCCAAAUAAAGCGGAGCCUCGAGAUGCUGAACCCGAAGUCGAGGGGAAUGAUGAUGUACCGGAUCUGUGGUUUGGAAGUGAAGGGCAAGACCAGACGGAUGAAGGACAGAAAGAAAACAAGGAAAACUUGGCAUGGUGGCAACAUAUGCUGGGGUAA